UUGGCUAGAAUGUCUUUUAAUGCUAUUUUAAACACAAGUAGAAAUAAAACACCCAUUUUAGAAAUUGUACGUCACGCAAGUAAGAAAACUGGUGGCAGUACUAAAAAUACAAAUUGUAAAGUUAAACCAAAACACAGAGGUUGGAAGGUGCAAGAUGGUCACUCUGUACGGGCUGGUCACAUGUUGGUAACUCAACUUACCCCUAGAUUUCAUCCAGGGUUAAAUGUUGGUUUUGGAAGAAAUGGCACACUAUUUGCAAUGGUGCCCGGUAAAGUGGUCGUAACCUGUGAGAAAUUUGAUCCUAACUGGGAACACACAUGGGUACAAAGAGUUUACGGAGGAAGAGAAAACCAGACAAUAUAUAAGAAGUAUUUCAAUGUCAUACCUGAACCUCAGCAUACCAGAUUUAAAUUAAUCGAUGAAGUUUAGGUGUUAUAUUUAGAUGUAUUGUAUAGAGUAAUUAUAUGAUUUAGUUAA